AGUAAUCCAGAAAUACUCAUCGUAGGCCUAUACUCCAGCACUCCAAUACAUACUUCUUGCACCCCAUGGGCUUCUUUGUUUGGUGCCUUAAAACAAGUUCAGUCUAGUUCGCUGUCCACAAUAGCCAUGAAAGACAAAGUCACAAAAUUCCAAUUCGUGCAGCUAUACAAGGAAGUGUUUGCCCUUUGGCAAACAAUCCAUUUUCUUUGUUAUGACCAGGUUGAGUGAGUUCCUUUAGUCUAUAGAAAACUGGAUCAGAGGAAAGCAUUGAAUGUAUCACAGGGCAGAGAACAUGUGCCUUCAGGCCUAAUGCUUUCACCUCCACGAGUCUAUUUGUUUUCAGGACAUGUGCUUCCUUUCACAAGAGCCAUGACCUGUUUGGUCUGGACGUCACAUUAUUAUCAUGCAGCCAAACUGAGUGGAUUUAAGCUCAUUACAUGGAUGAAAUGUCCACUGUAGAGCCAAAAUAGUCAACAAAACAUGUGCUUAUAACCGCAUUCAAUUUAUAAAUCUCCAGAAAUAUAGGCUGGAGGCUUUUUCAGCAGAGCAGGGGUAUGUUAUUGCCAGCAGAGAAUCCCCUCCACCCCCCAUGUUACAUGUAUGCAAUCCAGACUGUCAGUUAGAGCACACAUAAUACGAGCUGUCAGCAGCAGGUUUCUGAGACCUUUAGGCACUUUAAGAUCAAACAUUGUCAGGUACAAUGUGUUGUAGAUCUAAUGCCAAAUAAUGCACCCCUCUAUUAAGUUCAUUUUCAUACAAUUUGGGAUCAAACACUGUCAUCAAACAUCAUUCUUCAUUAUCACCAUUGAUGAAACCCACAGAGAAGAUUAGAGCGUUUUAAAACCGCACACUGUGGUGUAAUUCCUUCACCUCUGGUAGUUUUACGCUGCGCGCGCUCUCGCAGACAGGCAGGCAGGCACAUUACUUUGCUGCAUUCAAGUGCUCCUCGGAAGAUUUGUCGAUCCCCAAGUCCCCGACUUUUAUAGGAAUAUCGAAAUACCAACCCCAGUAAACUAAAAUGCUUUUGGCUGAUUUCAUUUACCCACAGCAUUUAAAUUAAGCUGCAUAGAAUUUUAAAAAAGCCUUGGCUCGUAAAUCACGCUGAACGAGACAACCACCACGCCCCCUGAACGUCACACGCACAUCGGAGUUGUUCCUGUUCUGCACGGAAACCAGAUCAACCACGGAAAUCAGUUUAAAUGUAAGAUCCCUCUGAAACAUUUAGCUACAUCAGAAAAACCAAACGCAGAAAGUACGACAUAAGAACAGCUUUGAUUUCUGUAUCCUAAAAAAACCAAAAAAACAUGUUCCCACGAGACUUUGCGUGGGGAGCGGGAACGGCUGCGUAUCAAAUAGAAGGUGGCUGGCAGUCAGACGGCAAGGGACCGAGUAUCUGGGACACGUUUUGUCACGAGAAAGGCAGAGUGUUUGGGGAUCAGAAUGGAGAUGAGGCCUGCAACAGCUACGAGCUGUGGGAGAAGGACCUGGAGUGUAUCCAGCAGCUUGGACUGACACACUAUCGUCUGUCUCUCUCCUGGGCCCGCCUCCUGCCCGAUGGGACGACGCGACAUGUCAAUCAAAAAGGUGUACAGUACUACAGGAAGGUGCUCGAUGAUUUGCUGGCAUGCAACGUAUCACCGAUGGUGACGCUUUAUCACUUCGACCUGCCUCAAGCUCUCCAAGAUCAGGGGGGCUGGAAAUCAGCGGGUACGGCGACCCUGUUUGACAGCUACGCAAAGUUUUGUUUCCAAACAUUCGGCGACCGCGUCAAACUUUGGAUCACUAUCAACGAGCCCUACGUGUGCGCCAAGCUGGGCCACGAAGAUGGCAUCCACGCGCCGGGGUUAAAAGAGCCGGGGGUCGCCGCCUACCUCGUGGGCCACAACAUGCUGCGUGCCCACGCCAUGGCCUGGCACAGCUACGACUCCGUCUACAGGGCCGAGCAGAAGGGCGCCGUGUCCCUGGCCGUCAACAGCGACUGGCUCGAGCCGUCGACCGCGGGGCGCGCCGAGGAUAUCGCCGCCGCUGAGCGCCAACUUGCGUUCACACUGGGGUGGUUCGCCUGGCCCGUGUUUGUCACCGGAGAUUAUCCAGAGGCGAUGAGAUCGGCCGUCGACGCUCAGAGCGAGAAGCUGGGAUGCGGCGGCGCCUCGAGGCUGCCCGGUUUCUCGAGGGACGAGCCUGCCGUUUUGGGAACAGCGGACUUCUUCGCGUUGAACUACUACACGUCUCGCAAAGUCACGCCGGGAGGAGGCCGUGGGGAGAUGUGUAUGACGAGCGACCGAGAUGCGGGAGAGCUUUUGGAUCCCUCCUGGCCCAUUUGUGGCGUGUCCUGGCUCGCCGUAGUGCCCCAUGGCUUAAGGAAACUUCUCAAGUACAUCAAGGACACUUUCAACCACCCAACAGUCUACAUCACUGAGAACGGCUUCUCUCAGGUGGGGCAGCUGCAGAUUGAGGAUGUCCAGCGCUCAGAGUUUUACAAGGACACCAUCCUGGAAGUGGCCAAAGCGAUACAAGAAGAUGGGGUCGACGUCCGUGGAUACUUCGCAUGGUCCCUGCUGGAUAACUUCGAAUGGGCCGACGGGUUCAGUGUUCGUUUCGGAUUGUUCCAUGUGGACUUCACGGACGCACGGCGAAGCCGAACCAUAUAUCAGUCUGGACGGGAGUAUGCUAAGAUUAUCUCAACAUACAAAUGUGCUCAAUCUAAAUGAAAGGACUGAAUAAUUCAAAAUAAUGGUGUGACUCACACUUUCAUGCAAAUAAGAUGAGUCAACCAACCAGGCUUCAUUUCACUGUAGAUGCAAAGUUUAAAGCACCGCUAUUGUCUCUGCAUUUCUUUUCAUUUUAGAAAAUGGUCAGGGUCAUUAAUGGAAAAUCUGCUUUCAGCAGGGGGCGUGAGGAAAUGGGCUGAGUGUCUAAAUUGAUUCAGUGGGAUACAAAUUAGUAUUCUAUCCAGCCCAGUCAGUCUGUACUGGGAGGUUCAUGGAGGCAGGAGAGCUCCUCAGUCAGACGGUCCGCAGAAGGAUGCGUAUGAAUGCAUUGUGUUUUCUGCGAUUGAUAUCAAUAAGAGGGCUCAUCUUGAGUGACAUUCUGGUGAUGAGUCUCAGUACAUGCACUCGCCUGUCGUGUACUGAGGUGAUGGAUUAUCUCUCAGGUCCAAUCGGGAAAAUCCACACGUGAGUGUGUCUUUUGAUACGCAGCCGUCUUUUGUUGUACUCUGAAAGAUGUCAUAUGAACAGUUGUUUGUUUGUUUGUUUCUAAGACUUGAAAUACGAGGGACAAAUAAAUGACGAAGACAA